UGACUAGAAACGCAACAUUUCUCACGAUAAAUUGUUAGUUGGAUGCGAGAUUUUGCUAUUCGGAAGUGUUUUAUGUGUUUAUUUUGUAUAAUUGUGGUUGGCAUCAUUCAGUCAUGUCGAUCGAAAUCGAAUCAGCUGAUGUGAUACGUCUGAUAAUGCAGUACUUGAAGGAAAAUAGCUUGCAUCGGACUCUGGCCACUCUUCAGGAGGAAACCACAGUGUCCCUGAAUACUGUGGACAGUAUUGAGAGCUUUGUUGCAGACAUCAACAGCGGCCAUUGGGACACUGUGUUGCAGGCUAUACAGUCCUUGAAGCUGCCUGACAAAACACUAAUAGAUCUCUAUGAACAGGUUGUUUUAGAGCUUAUUGAACUGCGUGAGUUGGGUGCUGCAAGGUCCCUUUUGAGGCAGACUGAUCCUAUGAUAAUGUUAAAGCAGACGCAACCAGAAAGAUACAUUCACCUGGAGAAUUUACUUGCCAGGUCCUAUUUUGAUCCUCGUGAGGCCUACCCUGAUGGCAGUAGCAAGGAAAAGCGGAGAACUGCUAUUGCUCAGGCAUUGGCUGGAGAAGUUAGUGUGGUACCUCCCUCACGUCUUAUGGCCUUGCUUGGACAGGUAAGCAUUUUGAUUGAUACGAUGCUGUUUCUUCCUAAAAAGAAAUUCCUUGUAAGUUUACCACUUUAUGUAACAGUGAUGUCACAGUUUCUAGUCAUGCACUUGUUCACCUCUAAAAAUGAAAAUCGUGUAGCAUGUACAAGGGUAUAUUUGAACAGUGCAUUACAGGAUAUCAUCUGUGGGGAGGUGCAGAGUGAACCUCAGUCGAAUGCCAGAAUGAAGGAGGCCAGAAAGUUAAUGGAGGUUGUUCCAGUGGAUGUCUGGUUACCAGAGUGGUGCAUAAGGAGGCCACAACAGGCAGUGGGCAGAGUGAGCAAUGGUCAGUGGCCAGAGCAGAGUGGAGUUGCAAGCUAA